AAUGAAGAGGCAAGGCUCUUUGCCGUUUUCAGUUUGAUUUACAAGCUCUGCAGACACACAGCCCCAACUGGGUUAUAAGGAAACUAAUUCCACCUGUUGGGCGAUUGUAGAAGCAAGACUCAGCCCAGCUCAGGUUUUCAGCGACUGACCAAACACAAACAAACCCCCUUCAUAUGUAGCUUUAUGCUUUGUAAGAGUGGCCUAGUUGGAGGAGGGGUGCUUGAGAGAGAGCCACACAAACGGCAGGUCUGGUUUAGUAGCUGUAAUUUGAGCCUAGCUUCACUGGCCCUUUUGUGGAUGUUUCCUUGGACACCAGAGGCAGGAAGCAACUGUUACCGAGCACACAGCGGUCACUCACCACACAGCCCCUAGUCAUUGCUCCGGGGCCAUGAGGGGCCUGCUCACCACACAGGAACAGGAUGGCUGGAGGGAACUUAUUAACAAGGAGGCCUUCUGCAGGGUCGGCUGGAAAGCAAAAUAUGGGCACAAAUACCCUCGUCGGGUGACUGACUAUGGGAUCUCCAAGCGGAAGGGUUUUUUGCCUGCUAUUUGCCAUCCUGAGGAGCGCCCAAGCUCUCUCGGGCGUCAAGGAGUAAUUGCGCAAAAAGCGGAGCGGCAGCUGUCAGCGGAGGAGGAAGGCGCCAGGCAUCAGGAGCCCCUUUCCGAGAUGAGGGUUCCAACACCACAGACAACGCAGCUCCUCUACCAGGGCUUUUCCCGUGAAGGCAAAGGGAGGCACCUCUACCUCAAAGAGAGGAAGAUGAAGAGCCCCGAGGAGAAAUUCUGUUACCCGGUGCUGUCAUCAUGGGAAUACGGCUGGCGCUUAGGAGACAUUGUUAAGGACAUCAAGACACCAAUUCAUGGCAAAUCCCGAAUUGUAAAGGAUACGUUCUACUUCAAAAAUGGAAUCUUCUAUUGUCCAUCACAAACCGACAAGCUAUCAUGAAUGUCUAUGCUAACUGAAAUGUGGAAAUGUUUGUGCAGUGUUGGCCAGCAUGGAGAUUUGUUGUAUUGGAUCAGACAGCUCUAAUAAUUACGUCCCUCCAUAAUUACUCUUUGAUAUUUAGGAUUUUCCUCUAGCCUUGCUGUCCUUGUAACAUGUAGCACCACUUCUUGUGUAAUAGGAUGCACAGCACAAAAUAUUUUGGCAGAGUAACAUUUGAGUUCUACAUCAAGGGUAUGUAUACAACCUUGCAUAUAUUUGGGACCACUUAACCUGAUUUGGAGCCAAUUCACUCGGCUGCUGCAGUUCUUGUGGCUGCUUUUUCAUUCAGCCUGUGAUGGUCCUUUGUGGUGUCUACCUGACACUAACAAGUCAGAUGAUGAGAGCAUCAUGAAAAAAUACAUGUGGUGGUUUGAACUUUUUUUAAAAAAAGCAUCUACCACAAGCAUGCCAUUCAGGUGAAUUAACCUGCAGUCAUACUGAGAUCACUUAGAAAUGCUAAUGAUAAAUGCUAUAAAUAAAUAAGAUGAAGUUAAUGAACUGUUUUGAAAUUCAAAAGGGAUACAAGUUGGUAACAAAAAGGAGGGGGCAUCACUCUGUGGCAGAGCAUACUAGUUUCUAUUUUCAGCAUUACAUCUCCAAUUAGUGGGUCUAUGAAAGACCUCUGACUGCUGCUCUCUAAGGCCUCAGGUAAACAGUACAGGACUAGAUGGACUAAGUCUGCUCCUUAGACAUUGGGUGCUGUAUUGUAUUGACUUUACUAUGUUCACUUACGGGAGUGAACCCAUAAUUCACUCAUAUAAUAAAAAAGGUAGAUGAUGAAGAAUUUAUAACUGCAAUUAUGUGUAUAUCAGAUGUUGAUAUGGUGAUCAGCUUAUAGUUUUGGAGACAAAGAGCAGAUGAUGAACAAAUUGUAAAAGUGAUGGACACAGCCCUCAGAGAUAGACACCUAUGUAGCUUUCGCUAUUUUUCCUGUGGAUCUUCAGGCAUGGAUGUGACUGACCCUGCAUAUACACCAUACAAUUAAAGCACAUUUCCUCCCCCCCUCAAAGAAUACUGGGAACUGUAGUUUACCCCUCGCAGAGCUACAAUCCCCAGCAUUCUUACCAAACUGCUGUUCCCACAAUUCUCGGGGGGGGGAGGUAAGGGAAUGUGCUUUAAACGUAUGGUGUGUAUGCAGCCUAACUUGUGAGAGUAGCCUGGUUUUUUUUAAAGAUCAUGUGAGAAAGAUCCCAUUAUACUUUCCUGUGUAUAAUAUCCACAACAAAGCUCAGAUUGAGCAGAGGAUUGAUCUGUGUGAGCCAAGGUUGCGGCUUGCAGGGGUCAUUUACAUCAGGUGACAGAGUCCCGAGUGGACCAUGAGGUGAAUCUGGAACUACCAGAAUCCUCUUGUUUUUCCAAGGGAUAUUUUCACAUAUGUAAUUUCCCACUUCGUAGAAUAGCCAUGACUGCUUCAGAAUGCCCCUUGUUUUGAAAGUUUGGAGCUGACAGGGCUCCAUUACUCUUGGCUGCUGCGUUAUUGCCAGAAGAAUGAACAAAACUUCUGUUGUUACUCACAGCUUGAACUAGCUUGGUGUAAAAACAUGAGAUUUAAAAUUAAAAUGAGGCUUAUAUUUAUCAUGUGGGUGCUCAUGCUUUUAAGGGUGCACAAGGCAGGCACACUUUUCAAGGCUGUCUCCACAGGUAUAACAUAUAGGUAUUUUAAAUGAAAGCUGAGAUUCUCAAAAACUGAAGGUUCGUUCUGGAGCCAAGACAAACUGCAUUGCUGCACCCCCACAGCUAGUUUACUCCCAUUCCAUGUAUAUUCUCAUAAGAUGGACUUUGUAGCUUCAGCUAUUCUCCCUAUUUUAUCUGAAACCUGGGUGAUGAUAAUUUUUCUUUCUUUCUUGGCUAUAUUUGUUUUUACUUGAGAAGUUGAAGAGAUCCAAUGACUCACUGCUCCACAGAGACCAUUUGACUAGAACAAAAAUCAUGAAACAAGAGUGUUGCAAAAUAAAUUUAGUGAAUGGAACCAUAAA